CACACCUUCCCGCCGUCUUUUGCCGAAUGGCCACGCGCGGUUGCAGACGGACAUCCCCAGCGGCGAUUCGGGAGACGGAGCUGCCCUAGCAACCCCGCGCGGAGCCAACCCGCGGACGGAUGCACCCACGAGGCGGGGAGGGGGUAGGAUGAGAUAAGGGUGGCGAGGGAGGUGUCGAGAAGAGAGAGAGAGAGGAGUCGCAGGAAGUCUGUCGAACGGCACAGCGUGGCCCUCGCAAAAUCACAACAAAUGCAUCGGUGGGCUCAGUGGGAUUUUGGGAAGGCUUCCGUGGUGCGUAAUUGCGCUUCUCCAUACUGGUGGCCGUGACAUCCCACGUCUUUGUAUGGUGUCACUGCGAGCGAGCUCAGUUCCUGGAAUCCGCACCGCGCGCACCGUAUAGAGGCUGUCAUCUGAGCGUACGGGGACAUCAAAGAGGGUAUUUUUAAUCUCAUGUGAUGAAGCAGACUUGUGUGAAAGAUGCAUAGUUGAGCCCACUCCCGGUGCUGCCUUAGGCUUCCGCUAAUUCAGUGGGAAUCGGCAUCGUUGUUCAGCCUCGUCUUUGUGUGUGUACAGUAUGUGUGUGUUGAGGUUCCUCCGCGGAUGAGGUAGAAUCGUUUGUCUCUUGUUUAUCAGGGCUGCUUGAUCGAUAACAUCAUAACAGCAGCCAUGAAUGCCAGGACUGUGCCGCAGACUUGAGUGCUGGGAUCAGACUAGGAAGGGAGCAUCAGAAUGGGACAUCGCAGCGAGGCAUCUCUCAGGAUGAACCACCGAUCGAGCCCGACUAAGACAUACGACUUUCUGCUCAAAUUCCUGCUGGUCGGAGACAGCGACGUGGGGAAGGGGGAGAUCUUGUCGAGCCUUCAGGACGGAGCAAGAGAGUCUCCGUACGGAUACAACAUGGGAAUUGACUACAAGACCACCACUAUUCUACUGGAUGGGAGGCGGGUGAAACUUCAGCUCUGGGACACUUCUGGCCAGGGAAGAUUCUGCACCAUCUUCCGAUCGUACUCAAGAGGAGCACAGGGAGUAAUCCUGGUGUAUGACAUCACUAAUCGCUGGUCAUUUGACGGCAUUGACAGAUGGAUCAAAGAGAUUGAUGAGCAUGCUCCAGGUGUGCCCAAGAUCCUGGUGGGGAACCGCCUGCACCUGGCCUACAAGCGUCAGGUGACCACGGAGCACGCGCAGGUGUACGCCGAGCGGCUGGGCGUGACCUUCUUCGAGGUCAGCCCGCUGUGCAACUUCAACAUCACCGAGUCCUUCACGGAGCUGGCGCGCAUCGUGCUCACACGCCACGGCAUGCAGAGGCUCUGGAGGCCCAGCAAAGUGUUGAGUCUGCAGGACCUGUGCUGUCGCUCCAUCGUGUCCUGCACACCUGUGCACCUGGUGGACAAGCUGCCGCUGCCCUUAGCGCUGAAGAGCCACCUGAAGUCCUUCAGCAUGGCCAACGGGCUCAACGCCCGCAUGAUGCACGGACGCUCCUACUCGCUGCUGCCCGCCGCCGCCGCCGCCGCCACCAAGAAGAGGCCCGGUGCCUCCAAGAAGAACAAGAUACUGCGCCCCCAGCUGGCGGCAGCGCACUCCUGCGCCCGCACCAGCUGCAAGAUCUCCUAGAGAACCGAGGCACGCGAAGGGGGAUAGAGCGCUCGCUUCAGAUACACACACACACACACACACAUACAUGUAUACACACACACACACACAGGCACACACACACUCACACACUCAGACUCUCAGCACCAGAGCUAACCGCUGCCCAAAGGAGGCGACACCUGUGCAGCCAUACUGAUGCUGCUGAUGAUGGUGCUGGUUGGCCGGGCAGAGGGCCGUAUGCCGGAGUGCCCUGGCGUGGAGACGCGCCGACGCUCCAAUGUGCCAAUGCUCGGAAUGGUGUUCAGAAGCUCGGACAGACCCGGGCUGGAGAGUCUUAUUGUGAGCUGAAUAUGCCUGGAGGAGUCAAACGGACUCCUGAAAGAGUUAUACUGACUCUAUCCUGAAAGAGUCACAUCGUGUUGACUCCUGAAAGAGUUAUACUGACUCUGUCCUGAAAGAGUUACAUAGACUCCUGAAAGAGUUAUACCGACUCUAUCCUGAAAGAGUUACACUGACUCCUGAAAGAGUUGUGUUGACUCCUGAAAGAGUUACACUGACUCCUGAAAGAGUUGCAUUGACUCCUGAAAGAGUUACACUGACUCCUGAAAGAGUUGCGUUGACUCCUGAAAGAGUUAUACUGACUAGGGCUGCACGAUAUUAGGAAAACAUGCGAUAUGCGAUAACAUCAUUGAGUACUGCGAUAACGAUAUACAGUAAGCGUUACUUGAGAAUGGCCAUUUCACUCACGCUUUGCCUGAUUCACGUUCAACGUGAAAUGUAUUACAGCUGCAUUACAACUUACCGCCACUAGGUGGCAGUACAGUCCGCUGUAGCAUUGCUACGGUGUGAUUGAUACUGUAGCCCAGUUCUACUCAUUCAAUAAGCGGCCAGGAAGCAACCUCUGUGGCCCAGCCCAUAUAGUAGCCUA